UGUACCGGAGGCGAGGUAUUAGAAUAAGGAUUGAGGACAAUCCUUCCGAUCAAAAUCUUCGUCUCUGCGAGUCGCAAUUAUAACUAACUAUUAGCUGUUUGUGGUUUGUUGGAUCAAAUGGGUGACAGAGAAAGAGAAACAGAAACAGAUAGAGAAAGAGAAAGCGAAACCCCAAUUUCAGUAUCGUCGGAUGGCAGCACGGCCUUCAAUAAUGAGAGAGAAAUUAUGAGAGCGAUUGAGGUUGUGGAGAGAGAUUCUUUGGCCAUCGCAGAGAGCUUCACUUCUCUGUUCGCGUCACUCCGGUUGGCACUCUCACAAGCUACUUCCACCUCACUCCAUCACAUCCACUGCUUCACCGAUGCUACCGGUCGCCUUCAGGAAUCUGUGCUUGAUGCAGCAACAAAAGGGAACCGCUAUAUCAAUUCAUGUCUCAGAUUGAAUGAGGAGAUGAAGAGUAUUGAUGGCCUAGCGUCCCAACUAAAAAUCCUAAGAAGGCACGUUGAUGCUCUGGAUUCUGCUGUUAACAAGCUUGUUCAUCUCUCCUGACACCUGGGAUUUAGUCACUAUGGCAAGCUCAUGAAUGAAGAAGUUGUGAAGUUUAUUUAUCCAUAUAUUUUGUCAUUUCAUGGAUUGUGCUAAGAUAGCGAAGCGCAAACAAAGCAACAUAAAUUUGGGAGGUAAUAUAGGCGUCAGAGAACUGGCGAAGUGUACUUUUGUUUUCAGUGAACACAAGGGUUUAAGAGUUUACUGAUUGUUCCCUGCGUUACUGUGUGUAUGUUACAAGAAUUUCCUAGCAGACAGUGUGGUUGAAGUUUUAGGUGUUGGUGAUUUAUGUCCAUGCCUUUGUCAUGAAUCCUGAUAGCUGGUGCUGUUAAUAGUUGUUUGGAUACAGAGCUCUAGGAAUAAAUUACUUAAAGAAGCAUAUUUUUGAUAGUAUCUUUUGGUGCUUUUUGUUCUGAAACGAUUGUUUUAAAACACAAUAUGCUUCUUGUUAAGAAAGCCUACACCCAUCUUGCUAAAAGAUUGGGUGAGAUAUCCUGCAU